CGUCCACAUCACGGACUUUCACCCCCUCACCUUGACUGUUUGAACCCCGUGAGCCCGGAUUUCGGCGACGGGCAACCAUUGAACCGCCGGAAAACCUGUGGAUACAUGUAUAUGACUUCAAUUUUUCAUUUGCUAUAUAUCUUACUUUGAAGCCGGUUGAAUCGGUACUCUGUUACAGCUUGCUUCUCACAUCGAUCCGUCAGACUCAUUUCAUCAUCCUCAUCAUCAUCAGCGGGCAACAUGGCGGCAUUGGUGCCCGUUUUGGUGGCCGGCCUCGCCAUUUUUGGAGGCUACAACUAUGCUCCCGCAGCCAAGAGGACAAUUGCCCUUGCGGGAAUCGGACGAGAGAAGCUAAACACCCCAGUGGCGCAAGCUGGAGACUUCAUCUACAUUGACGAUACGAUUCACUGCGAAGAUAUUCAUUACCAUACCCCGAGCGGUCUACUCUUCACUGCGUGUGAAGAUAAUGAAGAGGGCCGUGGCAAAUGGUUCCCCGGUCUGGGCACCCUUGACGAUCCACUCACGGGAAGCAAACAAAAGGGCUCUCUUCACGUCAUUGAUCCCAAGGACAUGACCCAAAGACGACUCAAAUUUGAGAACUUUGACACAACCUUUGUCACUCAUGGCAUCGAUGUCAUCUCGGACCCCAAGAAGGCGGACGCAGUCUACAUCUUUGCAGUCAACCAUGUGCCACACCCAGAUUAUCUAGCGACCAAAGUCGGAGGCCAGGGCUCUCAGAAAGUCACCCAAAAGUCUCAAUCGCGCGUGGAAAUCUUUCACCACAUCCUCGGAUCAUCCACUGUCAAGCAUCUGCGAACCGUCAUCCACCCGCUGAUGAAGACCCCCAACGACAUCUUCAUCAAGGAUCCUAACACAUUCUAUGCAACCAACGAUCACUAUUAUCCCGAUGGUGUCGGGAGACUCAUCGAGGAUGUGUGGCCAGGUACCACCUGGACAGACACCAUUUACAUUCACAUUGAAGAGAUGUCUUCCUUGGUCCCCACAGAAGGCAUCAAGGCCGAGGUAGCUCUUUCGGGAAUGCGCAACAAUAACGGCAUGGGCCACGGUCGCAAGGCCGGAGAAAUCCUAGUCGUUAACUGCGCCGGCGGCGAAAUGUUCAUCGGCGAGGCGUCUUCAGACUCCAAGAACACCUCCAUCAACAUUGCCGAGUCCGUCCAGGUGGACUCGUACAUUGACAACCCCAGCUACUUUGACGAUCCGUACAAGACCGAGGCCUUCGAUGCUAGCGGCUUCGUGCUCCCCGGCCUCUCGCGACCUAUUGAUAUCCCGAAGCAAGUCCACAACACUUCGUCCGAUAUUGGGUCGAUUGUCUGGUACGUCAAGCCGGCUGCGGGCAGCGAUGGUGGUUAUGAGAAGAGGUUGGUGUUCGAGGAUGAUGGCACAAGGGCCCGGUCAGCAGCGGCUGCUGUCUUGGUCGCUAUUGACCCGGCUCAAGAGAGGGGGGAGAGAAAGGCGUGGUUGUUCGUCACCGGUUUCAUGGCUGGCAGUGUUGUCGCUUUCAAGAUUGAUCUUUGAUGGCGCGGCGGUUGACGGGAGAGCAACAUGCUUGCAACAAUCUAGGAGGACUGAGGCAAUAUGGACAGUAUCGAUUGAAACGGUUUAAGUAGUUUGUUGGUAAAGAUGAGGGACGGGGAUGGGAAGAUCUGGGACACCUGACCUUACCCCCUCAGGAUGGAUGAGCGCGAUACCAGGCUUAGCAUGCU